AUCCAUGUAUAUUUCACUGGGUAUAUUUUGCUGACUUGCAAGAGUACCUGAAAUACUUUGAUGAACCAUAUUACCUAAUACUCAGACAUUUUUCUGCUCUUUGACCAAUUUUUUAGCUGUAGAUUGUUUCUCCAAUUGAUGAAAAUAGAUGUGUAAUCAGAGACUGGCCCUGAUUCUUCCUUUGUUGUUUAUCUGCUUCUGUAGGGAGACCUUCUGCAUUUGUGAUGGGACUACCUGGACAAAGGUUGGAUGGGAGAUUUUUCCAGAAGAAGUGUAUUACCUGAAAGUUAAGCCUUCUCCAUCUCACUGUCUACCCUUCCCGCUGAACAAACUAUGCUGCAACUUUGCUAACAUGGACGUAUUUCAGAGUUGCUUACACGUCACUUCUAUCUUAGCACAAACUCUCUUUUUAAUCCUGUCGGUUUUAUCUGCCCACUACUUGUGGAUGAAAUGGAAGAAACACAAAAAAAAGAUGAAAGAACAAGUCCCCUUGGGAAAAAGUGGCAAUGAUCUACAAAGUCCAUCCAUUUAUGACAUUGACCAAAUACUCUGCAAACUGGUGGCUACGACAUCAAUGAUGACUAAGUACCUGAACCAGGUGUCCCAGCGCUCGCCCUCUAAGAAAGUUAAGUACCGCAAAUUAAAGAAGAAGAAGAGUGAAGGAGGAGCCGUAGGACACUAAACAGACACAUAUGCAAAUACAGCUCAGUCAGAUGUGGAGAUUCCAAGAGAAAUCUACUGAGAGCACUCAUCAAAGCGUGGAGAUGGUUUUUUUGAGACUUUGUAAUUUUUGUGCCACAAUCUUUACUGAUAUUUUCCAAAGAAAACUGAGUUGAAAUGUUAUAUCCGUUCAACUAAAAAGAUCCCAUAUCUAAACGAGAGUCCUGGGGAAAAGACUGUGUGCUAUCACUGCUGUUUAAAGAUUUUGUUCUUUCUACUGUCUUAGAUUACGAUCAUUGCUCUUUUUAAUGUGUUAGAUCACUAAUCAUUAACCAGUCUGUAGAACACAUGCGUAGUUUAGUGUUUCAAUAAACCUCUGAUUCAAAUAGUA